AUGACACAAGCAGAGUUGUACACAUUGGACCAAGUAUUUAAUGGUCUUCGAUCCCGCAAUCCUCAGCGGCGAUUGCUCUCUGCGAGGAAUCUGAAGGAACACCUUCUUUCCGUUUCUCGAGAGUUUACUCCUAGUGAGCAGGUUAAGAGGUAUAACUCAGACGUCUACAAGCGUAUCAGUGAUCUGAUAGAAAGCAAGAAUAACUGGGAAAAAUUAGGAGGCGUUGAAGCUAUCAAUGCAUUACUUGAUCUCAAUGCUGAUGGCAAUGACGAUUUGGUGGCUUCUUCUAAUUCUAACACAGAAGACCGAAAAAUUAAGAGGACGGUUCUGAAAACGUAUUUGGACAAAUUGAUUCCAUCCUCUGAUUUAGAAGUGAUGUAUAGUGCUACCAGGACGUUGGGGAAACUUGCUAUCCCAGGCAGUGCAUUGGCUGGACCACUGGUAGAAUUUUACAUGCCACGGGCUAUUGAAUGGCUCAACCCUGAUAACAAACAAGAAUAUAGACACGCAGCAGUGUUGAUCAUCACUUCUUUAUCUUAUAACUUGUCCACCUCAAUCUAUAAUUACGUUCACAAGAUUUUGGAGAACAUAUGGAUCGCAUUAAGAGAUUCCAAGCUGAUAAUAAGAGAAGAUGCUGCCAUCGCAAUGAGAUACUGUCUCUCGAUUGUAUACGAAAGGGAUAGUCAAAUGGCUCAAUUUUGGUUUAGUGCUCUUUACACUGAAGCCAGUCAAUGUUUUAAGGCAACGCCAACUAGUAGCACCACCAUUAGUAGCACGGCUGUUGAAGUUAUCCAUGGUUCAUUGCUUUGCUAUCGGGAAUUGGUUAUCAAAGGUACUAGUCUGCUGUCAGACAAAAUUGAUGAACUAUAUGAUAACCUAAACAAACUUAAAGACCACAAGAAUGUAAUUAUAAGAAGAGAGUUCUCCAGUAUAAUUCCAAAACUUGCGCAUUUUAAUCGUGCAAAUUUUGUGGAGAAACAUCUUCACAGAGUGUUACUGUACUACUUCACUCAGCUCAAAAUACCACGAGACAGAGAUUUCAUUUUUGUAGCAAUCGGUGACAUUGCAACCGAAGUCAAAAACCGUAUUGUUGACUAUCUGGAGGGUAUAUUGACUAAUAUUGACGAAGCUUUGGCUGUAAGAUCUGUCAAAGCGAGACGUGAAAUUGAACCAGCUUGUUUCUAUUGCUUGGAAAAACUUGCCUUGGCUUUAGGCUCCUGCAUGACAAAGUAUAUCAAUAAUUAUCACACUCUGAAUCGCAUUUUCAAAUGCUCUAUCAACGACAACAUGAUUCAAACUUUACAAGUCCUGAUAGAAAAACUGCCAGCACUAGAGCCUGCUAUAAACGAGCGCUUGAUUAAGAUAGUGACGCUUUGUUUGAGCGGUUAUGAAUAUAAGCAUCCUGGAUCUCAGGGCUAUAAAAGACAAAUGAAUACGUCUUUAGCGCAAGAAUAUAGACAACAGAUGUUACAACGAGAUGGUGGCACUUUAAUUUAUGAGAAAGCAUAUACUGGAUACUCUACUGAAAGCGGCUAUGAACAGAAUCUUCGAGACCUUGACGAGGAUCCAGAUGUAACAGUUAUCAUACAAGCAUUGAAAGUGCUCAGCUGCUUUCACUUUGCCGACUAUAAUCUCACAGAUUUUACCCGCUUUUCAGUCAUGACUUAUGUCGAUCAUGACAAUAUUGAAGUGAGAAAAAGAGCCGCCCUAACGACAUGUGCUUUGUUCAUGAAGGAUUCUAUUUGCUAUCAAACUAGUGAAAGUUCUUUGAAGGCUGUCAAUGAGGUUUUGGGGAAACUACUAGUCAUUUGCAUUACGGAUCCUGUUGCGGAAAUAAGGCUGGAAGUUCUAAAGGUACUCGGAGAAAACUUUGACCCUCAACUUUCCCAGGCUGAUAACGCAAAACUAUUGUUUGUGGCAACAAACGAUGGCAACUUCGAGAUCAGGAAGGCAGCAAUUAAAAUAAUAGGUCGGUUAUCUGCUAUAAAUCCUGCUUACAUUGUUCCGUCAUUAAGAAAACUUUUGAUGCAACUGUUGACAACUUUAGAGUAUGACGGGAGUUCCAAAAGAAGGGAGGAAACGGCUGCUAUUUUGUCUACACUGAUUUCUCACUCCAAGGACGUGACUAAGCCAUACGUGAAGCAAAUUUUAGAUGUGUUGAUCCCAAAGGCGAAAGACCAAUCAUCAGGCGCAUCAAUAAAUGCGAUUCAAGCUAUUGGUGAGUUGGCUGUAGUGUCUGGAGAAGACAUGAAGCCUUUUAUCCACGAAAUGAUGCCGAUAUUCUUGGAUACAUUUCAGGAUCAGAGUGCUGGUUACAAGAGAGAUACCGCACUUCGUGCCCUUGGUCAGUUGGCUAGUUCUUCGGGUUAUGUAAUUGAUCCACUAUUAGAUUACCCUCAGCUACUCGGAAUGUUGGUGAGCAUUUUAAAAUCAGAAAGCUCACAGAUGGUACGAAGAGAAACAGUUAGGCUUCUAGGAGUUCUAGGAGCACUGGACCCAUACAAGCACAGGGAAGUUGAUUGGAAGAUUAAGAGUUCAUUGCCUAUGGAGCAAAUCACAGAACAAAAUGCUCCGCCAAUAGACGUCUCGCUGCUAAUGCAAGGCAUGUCCCCUUCUAAUGAGGAGUUCUACCCUACUGUUGUAAUAACUACUUUGAUGAAGAUAUUAAAAGAUAGUUCUCUAGUCAAUCAUCACACGGCAGUGGCUCAAGCGGUGAUCUACAUCUACCAAACGUUGAAUACGAAAUGUAUUCCUUUUCUAAACCAUGUCAUUCCAGGCUUUAUUCACGUAAUGAUGAAUUAUCCAGAUGUAAGACUAGAAUUUUACUUCAAUCAACUUGGGAAGCUUAUCAACAUUGUCAAGCAACAUGUCAGACCGUAUCUGAAGGACAUUUUUGUUUUAAUUAAAAAGUAUUUUGCUACUCCAAAUUUGACAGUGACCAUAUUAGGGUUAAUCCAAAUUAUCUCUUCUGCUAUGGACGGAGAGUUCAAACUAUAUUUAACGGAGAUUCUUCCUUUGAUGCUGGAAGUUUUGGAAACGGAUACUUCGCCUGAGAGAGAAGCUUCUCUAGCUGUGUUGAACACUUUCGUGGUUCUUGGAUCCAAUAUAGAUCUAUACGUACAUCUUGUCAUUCCACAGAUCGUUUCAUUGUUUGACUUCUCUCCUUAUAGACUGCGAAAAGCUUCCAUCGAGACUAUUGGAAAGCUAGCAAGUACUGUUCAUCUCAAUGAUUUAUCUUCAAGAAUUAUCCAUCCUCUGUUAAGAGCAUUAGAAACAAAUUCAAGCGAUGAACUAAAAAAGACAAUUAUGAAUACGAUUUCCAUUAUGCUACUUCAAAUGAGAGAAAACUUUUUAGUAUUCAUUCCAUUGAUUAAUAAGAUCUUAGUUCAACAUAAAUGGAAGUUCCCUGUUUAUGAGCAAUUAAUGGAAAAACUCUUGAAUGGCCAAAAACUACCCCAGAACUUGAUAAUAGGACCUGAGCAUGAAUCUCUUAGAACUGAAGCAAUGGAAAUCGAACCUUCCUCCAACAAGCUGACAUUAAAUCAACAAGCUUUGCGACAAUCUUGGGAUGCAAGUCAAUGUAGGACUAAAGUGGAUUGGGUUGAGUGGAUUAUGCGUCUAAGUUUGGAGCUUUUGAGAGAGUCACCAUCUCACGCACUUCGGGCUUGUUCAACCCUGGCUAGUGAUUAUACUCCACUCGCUAAAGAUCUCUUCAAUGUCAGUUUUGCCAGUUGUUGGAACGAGUUGUCACCUCAAAACAAAAAUGACUUGAUUCAGGCUUUUGGAAUUGCUCUAUCUGCGGUGCAGAAUCCUCCUGAGAUUCAUCAGCAGCUACUGAACGUAGUCGAAUUCAUGGAACGUGAUGAUAAGCCUUUACCAAUCAGGGUCCCAACUCUUGGGCAAUAUGCCAAGAGAUGUCAUGCUUACGCAAAAGCUUUGCAUUACAAAGAGUUGGAGUUUAUUCAAGAACCCUCCACCCCUACUAUUGAAUCUUUGAUCAGUAUAAACAACCAGUUACAACAGUCUGAUGCUGCUAUCGGUAUUCUGAAGCAAGCACAACAGCACCAUGAUUUACAAUUGAAAGAAACAUGGUAUGAAAAGCUUCAAAGAUGGGACGAUGCAUUAAACGCUUAUAAUGAAAGAGAAAAGGAAGAUCCCGACUCUAUGGACAUAACAAUGGGUAAAAUGAGAUCUUUACAUGCUUUGGGUGAAUGGGAGCAGUUGUCUGAGCUAGCGCAGGACAAAUGGCUAAAUUCAUCUACUGAAAUCCGAAGAGCUAUUGCACCGCUAGCCGCAGCAGCUUCUUGGGGUCUUGGUCAAUGGGACCGAAUGGACACGUAUAUUGGUAUCAUGAAGCAUGAGUCUCCAGAUAAAGCAUUCUUCAAUGCAGUUUUAUGUCUUCAUCGAAACAACUUUGAGGGCGCUUCAACCCAAAUACUAAGAGCCAGAGACUUGUUGAUAACUGAAAUGACAGCUCUGGUAAGUGAAUCUUACAAUAGAGCUUAUAGUGUCGUUGUUCGUGUUCAAAUGUUGGCUGAACUGGAAGAAAUUAUUAGGUACAAGUGUUAUCCACAAGGUUCAGAAAAGAGGGCUAUGAUGAGGCAGACUUGGACCAAACGAUUACUUGGAUGUCAAAGGAAUGUUGAUAUAUGGCAGCGAAUGCUUAAAGUUCGUGCAUUGGUUGUAAAGCCCAAACAAGACAUGGAAAUGUGGAUCAAAUUUGCAAACUUGUGCCGAAAGAGUGGAAGGCUGGGUUUAGCAGAAAAAUCAUUAAAUUCUUUGUUAGAUGAAGGAGACUCUGAUAACCCAAGGCCAUCUCGUGCCCCUCCACAAGUAGUCUAUGCCCAGUUGAAGUAUAUGUGGGCUUCAGGUCAACAGAGAGCUGCACUGAGUCAUUUGAUAGACUUCACGUCUAAACUCUCAAGAGACCUGGGUUUGAACGAGAAUGAAGCAAUUACUCAACCUUUGCCGACAGAAGUUCCUGGUGCUGCAAAACAUGUUGAAGAAUACACCAAGCUUUUAGCAAGAUGCUACUUGAAGCAAGGUGAAUGGAAGGUUACACUCAAUCCUAAUUGGAGAAACGAGGAGGCAACUGGAAGUAUUCUUGGAUCGUACCUUUUGGCGACUCACUUUGAUAGUAAUUGGUACAAGGCGUGGCAUAAUUGGGCUUUGGCCAACUUUCAAGUUAUCUCCGCUCAUCAGUCCACUCAUGAUGGUAUAGCUGAUGUAUCUAGUAGUGCUAGAUCAAGUCAUACACCGGAUGAAGUUAAGCCAGAUAUGCUACAGCAUUAUGUUAUUCCUGCAAUCAAGGGAUUCUUCCAUUCUAUCUCUCUAUCUGAACUAAAUCCGCUACAAGACACUUUACGUCUUUUGACGCUGUGGUUUAGCUUUGGAGGUAUUACUGAAGCUGCUCACGCUAUGCUGGAAGGAUUCUCAAUGGUUAAAAUUGACACUUGGCUUCAGGUUAUUCCUCAGCUGAUAUCUCGUAUCCAUCAGCCCAAUGAAGUUAUGAGCCGAUCUUUACUGAACUUACUGACUGAUCUCGGAAAGGCACACCCUCAGGCUUUGGUAUACCCCUUGGCAGUUGCUGUAAAGUCUAACAGUGAGUUGAGGAAACAGGCUGCAUUAACCAUUAUUGAAAAGAUGCGUAUUCACAGUCCAACGUUGGUUGAGCAAUCUGAAUUGGUCAGUGAAGAGUUGAUCAGAGUUGCAGUGCUAUGGUAUGAACUUUGGUACGAAGGUCUUGAGGAUGCUUCAAGAUUAUUCUUUGGAGAACAUAAUACUGAGAAGAUGUUUUUAGUAUUGGAACCGUUGCACAAAUUGCUAGACAAGGGUCCUGAGACAUUGCGUGAGAUUUCGUUCCAAAAUGCUUUUGGCCGUGAAUUGAACGAUGCAUUCAACUGGGUGCUCAAUUACCGAAAUACGAAAGAUAUUGCCAACUUGAAUCAAGCUUGGGAUAUCUACUACAAUGUUUUCCGCCGUAUCAACAGACAACUUCCUCAAUUGAAGACUUUAGAACUUCAAUACGUGUCGCCAAAAUUACUUGCUGCGCAUGACUUAGAGCUAGCGGUACCAGGUACUUACUCAGCUGGCCAACCUAUCAUCUGUAUUCAAAGCUUUGAUUCUACAUUUAGCGUGAUUAACUCAAAACAAAGACCAAGAAAAAUGAACAUUAGAGGAAGUGAUGGUAAGGGAUACCAGUAUGUGCUAAAGGGCCAUGAAGACAUAAGGCAAGACAGUUUAGUUAUGCAGCUGUUUGGAUUGGUAAAUACAUUAUUAGUCAAUGACGCUGAAUGUUUCAAGAGGCAUUUAGACAUUCAACAAUACCCAGCAAUUCCAUUGUCACCAAGUUCAGGGCUCUUAGGAUGGGUACCCAAUUCCGAUACUUUCCAUGUGCUAAUCCGUGAUUACCGUGAACCAAGAAAGAUCUUACUGAAUAUUGAACAUCGUAUCAUGUUACAAAUGGCCCCAGAUUACGAGAACCUUACCUUGCUUCAAAAGGUAGAAGUAUUUACUUAUGCAUUAGACAACACCAGGGGUCAGGACUUAUACAAAGUUCUUUGGCUGAAAAGUCGUUCGUCAGAGGCAUGGUUGGACAGAAGGACCACUUAUACCAGAUCUUUGGCCGUAAUGUCUAUGGUUGGUUAUAUACUCGGUUUGGGUGACAGGCAUCCAAGCAAUUUGAUGAUGGACCGUAUCACUGGUAAGGUGAUCCAUAUCGAUUUUGGAGAUUGUUUUGAAGCUGCAAUUUUGAGAGAGAAAUUCCCUGAGAAGGUGCCUUUCAGGUUGACAAGAAUGAUUAGUUAUGCUAUGGAAGUAAGUGGUAUCGAAGGAAGUUUCCGCAUCACUUGUGAAAACGUCAUGAGGGUAUUGCGUGAAAACAAAGAGUCGUUAAUGGCCAUCUUGGAGGCAUUUGCAUAUGAUCCGUUGAUCAACUGGGGAUUUGAUUUCCCGAUAGACGAACUAGCCGAAUCUAGUGGACUCAAAUUGAACGCCAUAUCGCCAUCUGAGCUUCUAGCCAGAGGAGAAGUGUCAGAAAAAGAAGCUUCAGAAAUCGAGUCUGAAUACAACCAGCAGAUGAGAAACGCUAGAGCUGCAUUUGUCCUGAAGAGAAUCACCGACAAACUAACAGGAAAUGAUUUCAAGAGAGCCCAUGAAUUAGAUGUUACCAACCAGGUUGAUAAGCUGAUCCAACAGGCAACAUCUGUGGAAAAUCUAUGCCAACAUUAUAUCGGUUGGUGUUCUUUCUGGUAA